CAUUUGAAAAACCUGGAGCUUGUCCCAAGAAUUCCCCAGAAAAUGUUGGAACUUGUAUUGAUCGAUGCUCGGGAGAUAGAUCGUGCCCUGGCAACAUGAAGUGCUGUAGCAAUGGCUGUGGUCAUGUCUGCAGACGCCCUGUCUUUUAA